AUGCUUGGGCUAAGGACGGGCUCAAUGAGCUCCUCUCAACCGUCCACUUCUUCUCACGGCAGCAGUCUCGUCCCAUUUCCCCAUCCUCCACCGCCUCCACAUGGAGUCGCCGCGAAUUCCUCCAACAACUUGCCCAGAGAACCAUCUCCCAGUUUGUCUUCGCUUGAGUUAAAGCUCUUUCCACCGCUAGCUGAAUUUAUUGGUUUUGGCGGUGCCUCUAAACAUGUGAUUACAAAUUGUGGAUCUCAUCGAUUAGUGUUCAAGGUGAAAUGUAGCAACAAUGCGCUUUUUAAGGUGGCUCCCGUCUACUCAUUUCUCGAUCCAGGCAUGAGCAUGGAUUUACAGGUGGUUCGGCUAGAAGGGCCAAUUCGCAAGGAUAAACUACUCAUUAUGUUUAAAGAAGCAAAGAUAGGCGAAAGAGAUGCGCGAAUAGCUUUUGAAGCUGAGGGAGUCACCGGGAAAACGAUUCUACCACUAAUCACUCGUGAAAUCGACGAGUACCCUCCG